AGUGUGAGAGAGAGGAGCCGUCCGUCGUACCUGCUGCUCUCACUGCUCAGAUCUUUACCAUCGGGGGGGUUCUGGAGACCGAUGCUGCUGCUCUGGGACCAGCCCAAAGCGUGGAGGCAGCCGGGCUCAGAGCUGGUUCAGGGACGGGGACUCUGCCGUGGGAUCUGAUGGAGGAGGAGGUCACCGAGCCGGAUCCUCGGACAAGAAUGGAGCCCGCCACGCCGUCGCACUCAGAGGUGAACGGAGACCUGCCCGGCAACCCCUACCUGACGGACGGGACGCCGGACGAGGUGAUGGAGAGUCCAGAGAGGGAGCCUGAUGUGCUGCAGUAUCCAGACCAGUACGGGGAGAAGAUGCCGUUCCACCAUGUGACGGCAGGUCUGCUCUACAAGGGGAACUACCUGAGCCGCUCACUGUCGGACAGCGACAGCGAUGUACUGGCCAGCAUCUCAGUGGAGGAACUGGACGAGAUCCGGGAGGCGUUUAAGGUCCUGGACCGCGACGGGAACGGGUUCAUCUCCAAACAGGAGCUGGGGAUGGCCAUGCGCUCCCUGGGGUACAUGCCCAGUGAGGUGGAGCUGGCCAUCAUCAUGCAGAGACUAGAUAUGGACGGUGAUGGACAGGUGGAUUUUGAAGAAUUCAUGACCAUCCUCGGACCCAAACUUCUGUCGUCUGAAACAAGAGAAGGCUUCCUCGGUAGCACAAUAGACACCAUCUUCUGGCAGUUCGACAUGCAGAGGAUCACCCUGGAGGAGCUGAAACACAUCCUGUUCUACGCCUUCCGCGACCACCUGACCAUGAAGGACAUAGAGAACAUCAUCAUCAACGAGGAAGAGAGCCUGAAGGAAAACUCUGGGAACUGUCAGACGGAGUUUGAGGGAGUUCACCCCUCGAAGAAGAACCGUCAGACGUGCGUGAGGAAGAGCCUCAUCUGCGCCUUCGCCAUGGCGUUCAUCAUCAGCGUCAUGCUCAUCGCAGCCAAUCAGAUGCUGAGGAACGGCAUGGAGUAGCCACACCCACUGUGAGCGGGGAGCGAGCCAGCCUGCAUGUGCAUGCCAGUGGGUGUGGUCGUAUCCCCGUUGACAAGGACGCCAGAAAUAACACUCUGACAACCAUAGAGGAAAUUCUGUUUUUAAAUUAUUCUUAGAUUCUUCUUCUUCUUUUUUUUUUUUUUUUUUUUCCAAGAGUGACACCUCUCCACCUAACGUCUAAUGAAACCGUGAAGCCAGCAUGAGGAGUCACGCCAGACUCCUCCCCCUUUACUCCGACAGGGACACUCAAGGGCUGACAUUCUGCAUUAAAUACUCUGUCGUCUCUGUUUCCCUGAUGCAAUAAAAAAAUGAAAAAGUGUUCAGUGCAGGAGUUCAGAGUUCUGCUCACUUUUCCAGCAGCAGAAGGCGGGACGUGACGUGUUCGUCUGCAGAUCUGUCAACCAACCACGAGUCUGACAAGCCGCCGCCGUCUGGGCCCCGACAGGGAAUUAAGAGGAAGGGAACAAUUGCCCUCUUAUUAUAGAACCUGGAAGACGGUGAUGGCAGGGUUCACCGCCGCCACCGCCGCCGCUCAAGCAGAAGAAUCCCAAACCUGUCAGGCCACAGCUCCUGGAGCUCUCGUGGUGCUACAAGACUUCAACUCUCCAACUUUCUAUUUUCAUCGGGGCUGGUAUGAGGCGCUGGCAUCGGUUCAUCAAAUCUACAAACCUGCAAACGAACGCAGAGGAUGGAAAGUCUGGUUUUGGAUGAUCCAUUCAUUCUGUUUAAAUGCUAAGAGGAAGUUUUUGUGUUUUAUUUUAACCCAUACAGACCCAAACAGGCGCAGGCGACCCAAAGCAU